UAGGAAACACAUUAAACACUUAUUUUGUAACGAUUCCUAACAUUUAGGAAACAACUUCCUCGUUUAUGAUUGCCCCCAGUGACUAUGGAAAACAACGUAAACACCAACAAGGAAAGUCCUUCCCAUUGGCCUAACCUUCGGGGGUCCAGCGCAUAAAAGCCCCAGAACCAGAGGAGGCACCAGAAUCUGACAACCUCACCUCCGGACAGGACCUGCCCACCCUCCACCCCUGACACCAUGACCCACUCGUGCUGCUCCUCUUGCUGCCAGCCUACGUGCUGCAGGACCACCUGCUGCCAGCCCACAUGCUGUGGGUCCAGCGGCUGUGGGUCCAGCUGCUGCCAACCUUGCUGCCGCCCAACUUGCUGUCAAACCACCUGCUGCCGGACCACCUGCUGCCGGCCCAGCUGCUGUGGGUGUAGCGGCUGUGGACACAACUGCGGUGGGUCUAGUGGCUGUGGCUCCAGCUGCUGCCAGCCUUGCUGCCGCCCAACUUGCUGUCAAACCACCUGCUGCCGGACCACCUGCUGCCGGCCCAGCUGCUGUGGGUGUAGCGGCUGUGGACACAACUGCGGUGGGUCUAGCGGCUGUGGCUCCAGCUGCUGCCAGCCUUGCUGCCGCCCAACUUGCUGUCACACCACCUGCUGCAGGACCACCUGCUGUAGGACCACUUGCUGCCAGCCCAGCUGCUGUGGGUGUAGCGGCUGUGGACACAACUGCGGUGGGUCUAGCGGCUGUGGGUCGAGCUGCUGCCAGCCUUGCUGCCGCCCAACUUGCUGUCAUACCACCUGCUGCCGGACCACCAGCUGCCAGCCCAGCUGUUGUGGGUCCAGCGGCUGUGGACAAAACUGCUGUGGGUCCCACUGCUGCCAGCCAGUUUGCUGUACCCCUGUGUACUGCACGAGAACCUGCUACCACCCCACCUGCUGCUGCCUGCCUGGGUGCCUAGCCCAGGGCUCUGGAUCCUGCUGCCAGCCUUCUUGCUGCUGA